AAAUCUUAAUCUAAAUCUAGAUUGUCACAUGGAAAACAAAGAUUUUAAAAUGUUGCGCGGGGAGCAAAAACUUGACAGCUAACCGUGCAUAAUUAAAUUUCAGAAUGUCGGAUGACGACUACAUGGAAACUGAAAUUUAAAACCUACCUAUAAUUCAUAGCGGUAGAAUUAGUAUUGUUUAUCAGAGGGACACUUGCCCCAAGUCGACCUUCGCAAAUCGUUCGCUUAUUCAUUGCAAUCUUUGAGCGCCGAAUUCCCGAGCGUGGGCGACGGCGAAACUAACAGUGGUGGAAAUAUUAUUGGAAAGGACUUUUAGAAAGUCUAAGGGAACAGGGGAAACCUUAAAAUCAUACAUUUGGCUCUUAGAGAUGUGGUACUUCACUUCUCACAAGCUGGAAGUACAAAUAGAGUUGAAAACUCUUGCGCCAUUUGUCUUUCACCAUGAGGCCAACAAUUCGCUUUCCUAAACAAGAGCUGGUAGAUAACUUUUAUUAAUUCUUCAGUCCAUUAGUCGAAUCGCACUUUCCUUUGUGUCAUCUGCGCGUUAUCAUAAUAUUAAAAUAUCAUUAUGGUAAUUGUCUUUAAUUGUAACAUGAUAACAGUUUUGACAUAGUUGCAGAAAACGUCGCGAUCCAUUUUCAAGAGGACUGACUUUUUUAACCACAUUCUAUUUUUCGGUCAACCUUUUAUAGUGUUUCAAGUUCAUUUUUUUUUAUUUCGUCUAAUAUUCAAGUUUGAAAAUGUUUGCCUGCAACGGGAUUCGAUGUUUUACCUGGCUAAAUUGGUCUUCCUGCUACAAGUUCCGUUUCUGAAAGCUAAAGAGGGAAAGCCCUUAAAUCUCAAUCUAAAUCUGGAUUGUCACAUGAAAGGUGGAGAUUUAAAACCAAAAGUGCUUCACGAAUACAAAUAAACUCGAAAGCUUACCGAGACUAGAAACUGAAACACAGCAACAUUUUAGAAGUGUCACAUGAGGACAAGCCAAAAAUCUGCAAAACGCGAAAAAGUUACAAUAACAUUUAGGUUUUGGUAAGUGAAUCGUAUAUUUUAACAAUAAACUAGUCACAUAUAAAACCGUAAAUCUUGUUAUUUCGUAAUAUUUACUGAAAAAUAACCCUUGGCAUAAAUUAAGGAAAAAUCGAGAUUGAACACUGGGUAUCGAUGACGUCACGUUUGUCAACUUGUCUGUCGCUUUGAAAAGUCCAACUCCAAAAAUUUAACUGAGAACUCAAAAAACUUAGAGCCAAAAUGUUACAUGAAGCCCAAAAUCUAUAAAGCCAUCCGUUUCAUUUAACCAGGUAUCUUAAUCCAAAACCUAGAGGCAAAUUGUUGCCGGAAGACUGCAAAUCUAAAGGCUAACCGAUGCAUAAAAACUGAAAUAUGAAUUCUAAAUGCCACACGCAAAAAUAAAUAUCUACGACCAAAAUAAUGUGCUGAUAGAAAAUCUAAAAAAAACUUUAACCAUUGCAAACCGAAAUCUGAAUCCAAAUUUUCUCGUGAAAAAUGAAAAUCUAGGAUCAAAAUAUCGCACGGACGCAUAUCUAAAAGCAAACCUUUGCAUAAAAACUGACAUCUGAAAUCCGUAAUGUCACAAUUGUAACCGUUGAAUGGAAACUGAAAUUUAAACCUCAAUCUUAUAAAACGAGAGCAACUACCUCUGUUCUUCGCCACUUGUUGUUGGUUUUUGCCGUUUGAGUAUUUCGACUCUCGCUGCGGUUGGAGACAAGUUUAUUUCAGAUCGUGUUGACCUAUCUUCGUUACGUUGUUUGAAAGUUGACUGCAGAGAAUCCCAAAAGUCUUGUUUUGGAUUGGAAACAGUAAGUUGUUUUGCUGUUGACCUCAGAAAAUCCCAGAGGCCUUAUUUUGAAUCCGUAACAGUUGUUUCGCUGUUGACAUCAGAUACCCCUGAAGCAUUAUUUUGGAGAAGUGACAUAUACCAGUUCAGUUCUUGCUGUUUAGCUCAAAGACUUGAGAAGCCAUAGCUCUAAAACCUCAACUGUGUGAAUUUCGUCAGCGGAAGGAAAAUUCUGUAUCGCGAUACAUUCAACAAAAAUGGUGGAAAGGAAAACAGAACUGAUAAAGUACUACGACCUACGCCUCAUCAUUGCCCAAGACGUCGGGGACAGAACAGAAGUAGCACAUAUCUAUGGAAACCUUGGCGCUGCUUACAUGAAUCUCGGAGGCUUCAGACAAUCCAUGGAUUUCAACUCUCGACAUCUCUGUGUUGCCAAAGAAAUCGAGAGCUUGGUUGAGCAAGAACGUGCCUAUAGACAUUUUGCCCGUGCUUACAGAAAUUGCGGUGAAUUCAAAAAUGCCAUUGAGUACGACAAGCAAGAUAUAAACAUUGCUCAACUUCGCGGAGACAAGGCUGAAGAAGCAAUUGCCCUUCGAAAUAUUGGAGAUGAUUACCAAAGUAUCGGCGAAUUUAAACAAGCCAUUGACUACUACAAGGAAGACCUCGCUAUUGCUCAAGACAGUGGUGACAAAGCUAAGGAAGGACUUGCCUGUCGAAAUCUCGGACUCGCUCACAGUGGUCUCGGUGAUCUUAAACAAGCCCUUGAGUACCACAGGCAAGAUCUCAACAUUUCCAGAGAACUCGCUGACAAGACAGGGGAAGGUCGUGCUUAUGGAAAUCUUGCCGAUACACACAGCCGUCGUGGUGAACUCAAUCAAGCCAUUAUCUUCUACAAGCAAGACCUAAAUAUUGCCAAAGAAACCGGGGACAUGGUUAAACAAGGCCGUACCUAUGGAAAACUUGGCGAUAUCUACAAGCGCCUUGGUGAUUUUAAACAAGCCAAUGACUUACACGAGCAAUAUCUUAGCAUUGCCAAGGAAAUCGGUGACAAGGCUGAAGAGGAACGUACCUAUGGACUCCUUGGCGGUACUGGCGAAGAUCUUGAGAGUUUUAACCGUACCCUUGACUCUCACAAGGAAUGUCUCAGCAGUGCCAAAGAAAUCGACGACAAGGCUGAGGAGGGACGUACCUGUGGAAACCUCAACGAUGCUUACAAAAAUCAAAGUGAUUUCAAGCAAGCCAUUGAAUACCACAAACGGUAUCUUACCAUUGCCAAAGAAGUCGGGAACAAGACUGGUGAAGCACGUGCUUAUGGAAACCUUGGUCGUGCCUACCUUAGUCUCGGUGAUUUCAAGGCAGCUAUGGAAUACCACAAGAAAAAUCUCACCUUAGCCAAAGAAAUCAGUGACAGGGCUGAGGAAGGACGAGCUAAUGGAAAUAUUGGACUUGUUCUCUUCAAUCUCGGUGACUUCAAACAAGCCGUAGAAUACCUGAUGAAAGCUCUUGACAUUGUCAAAGAAGUCGGGGACAGGGCUGAAGAAGGACGCGUUUGUGGAAAUCUUGGACUUGCUCACAGAAGUCUCACCAAUUACAAAGAAGCUGUAGAAAACCACAAGAAAUAUCUCAGCAUUGCCAAAGAAGUCGAGGAUAAAGCUGAAGAAGGACGCGCUUAUGGCAACCUUGGCGAGACAUACAGAAGUCUCGGUGAUAACAAACGAGCCAUAGAAUACCAUUUAAAGGAGCUACGCAUUGCAAAAGAUCUCGGUGACAAGACUGAAGAAGGACGCGCCUUGGGAUUCCUUGGCGAUUGUUAUAGAAGUAUCCGUGAAUUCAAGCGAUCCAUGAACUUCCACAAGCUAGCUAUUGAAAUGUUCAAACAAGCCGGGAACAGGGUUCUGGAGGGACGUGCUCAGGGAUACCUUGGCGUUGCUUACAGAGGUAUCGGUAAUUGCGAACGAGCCAUUGAGUCUCACGAGGAAGAUCUUGCCCUUGCCAUAGAAGUCGGUGACAAGGCCGGGGAAGGCCGUGCCUCUGGAAAUCUUGGCGCUGUUCACAGAAGCCUUGGCCGUUCUAAACCAGCCAUUGAGUACCACAAGAAAGAUCUAAGCAUUGCCCAGGAAAAUGGAGACAAAAACAGAGAGGCAUUCGCGUUGUUUUGCAUUGGCCGUGCUCAUGAACGCUUGAACUCUCUACAAGAGGCCCUGGAGCAUUACCGAUCGAGUGUACAACUGUUUAACAACUUGACAGCUUCCCUUGGGUCCGAAGAUAUGUGGAGGAUCCAUUUCCGUAAGAAGUGUAAAAACGCGUACACAGCUGUAUGGAGGACUCUGCUGAAGCUUGGAAAGUCUGCUGAGGCUUUGUAUGAAGCUGAGCUCGGACGAGGACAGGCCUUGAAGGAACUCAUGGAAUUGCAGUACGGCUCUGGAUGGCUCCACUCAGAGUUACCUGAUCCAAAGGAGACGAUCUCUCGGAUGAUUGGCGGCAUGACCACACCAAUACUUUUCAUCGCCCUUGAAAAAGAAGCUAUCCAUUUAUGGUUCCUCAAGGGAAAAGGGGAAAUCCAAUACGAAAGAAAGCGGAUCGACGAAAUUGACGUGGUGGUGAAAAAAGCUUCCAAAGAAAUUAGAUAUGCUUUCAAAUGCGAGAAUCGUUCAUUGUACGAGCCAGGAGAGCAUCAGCGAAGUGUGUACAAUACUGUUCUUGGCCCCAUCAUCGACUCCUUUCAAGGUGAAGAACUGAUCAUCGUCCCGGAUGGUCCACUGUGGCUGGCUCCUUUUCAUGCGUUUAUGAGUCCAGCAAGAAAGUACCUCUGUGAGUAUUUCAUGGUCCGCAUCAUCCCCUCCCUGACAAGUUUACACAUGAUCACAACUUGUCCUGACGACCACCACAGCAAGACUGGCGCCCUGCUCGUGGGAGACCCGUGGAUGGAAGAAAUCGUAGACCAGUUCGACAGGCCCAAGUUUAAGCAGCUGAAAGGUGCUCAAGAGGAAAUACAAAUGCUGGGAAAGAUGAUAAAGACCACUCCAGUCCUGGGAAAAGAUGCAACUAAAGACGAAGUGCUGAAGCGAAUCACUUCGGUGGCUUUGGUUCACAUUGCAGCGCACACAAACAAGAAAACGGGUGAAAUUGUGUUGACUCCAAAUCCCACACGAGAAUCCAAGGUGCCUGAAGAGAAGGACUACAUGCUGACGAUGGAAGAUGUGCAACGUCUUCAUCUUCGAGCCAGGCUUGUUGUACUCAGUUCGUCGAACACUGCAAAAGGACUGAUUACCUCUGAAGGUGUUGUUGGCAUUGCACGGUCCUUCCUGGCUGCUGGUGCUCGAUCUGUUGUGGCGUCUAUCUGGGGAGUUCAUGACGAGUCUACCGUGCUCUUUAUGAAAUGCUUCUACAAACACCUAGAAGAAGGAAAAAGCGUCAGUAAGGCUCUCUUCCUGGCCAUCAAUGCUGUGAGAGAGACAGAGAAGUUUGACCUGGAAAAGUACUGGGCUCCGUUUACACUCUUUGGCGAUGACGUCACUCUGGAUGUUGGAGAACUCGGAGAUCAAAAGCCCUAAGCUGAAACGUCAAGUUCAGAGGAAACUCAUGAGCGACUGAUUGAUAAAGACCAUUCAUAAUCUACAGAAAUUGAUCUUAAGGUCAAAUAUUUUUAAAAUCAAAGAAAACGCAGAAAGGUAUACAUGUAUUACCGUAUUUAAACACGAAAUGAACCAUAGAUUAGAUUGGGUGCUCAUUUUUUGUUAGUUGUUGCAGUUUUCUUCCAAGAGAGACAGAACUCAAAAUAUUAUUUAGACUUGUUUCAUAGUUAACACUUAUGCCGUUUUCAGUUGUUGAUCGAUAACAGUAACUUCACUGGAGGCUUAAUUUAGCACGUAAUACGCAAGAAUUUUGAUGGGUGUAUAGCGAUUGCACUCUUUACGUCUAUAGUCUACGAUUUAGCGUUAAUGACCAGAGAAGAAAAAUAAAAUAGAUCAAGCUAAACAAUGAUCCGUGCGAUGACUAGCACGGUGUUUGCAAUAUUGAUUACGUUAUCAGUGUGUCAUGUUUAUCUCAAGGCCUGUAAGUAGUGAUCAGCGCUUGACUCUAAGUAACCAAGUUUAGAAAAUCGGAAAUUAGCAGAAUAUAGAGGAAAGCCUUGAUUUUACAGACUUAGAACAAGCAUGAACAUGUAGUCUACGAUAUGACCACUUUCUAGACAAAAUUCUUCAUAAUCAGCAAUUGAACUUCGAAUGCAUGAACAGACUGACAAGUUCAAUCGCGGUUUUAGCUAAACAGCUUUUAAACAUUUUUGAACCGGUAUUCGGUGUCCGCUUUUGUACAAUUAAAAAUUAGACUUAAGUAAGUACAAAUGCAGCCUCAGUACUGAAUAACUAGUAUUUCUGAUAUAUUUUGAUUUGUUACAAAUGAUAGUGAUAUUGUAGACUCUUUCUAAGUAAGAAUAUUUAGUGUGGUGUUCAAAAUACACCAAUACGAGUCAAGUCAAGUCAAGUCAAGUCAAAUACCGUACAGUAUCAGGCUGCAUUUAUUGCCUUUUUGUUACUGAGUGAAGCUUAGGUAACGAGCACCAUCGCCUAUUACUUGUUACUAAUAUGUUAAUGAUAGUUUCAUUAGGGUAACAGCUUCUUAGACGCAGCUCAAAGACUCAAAUCUACAUAGAAAGCUGCAUUUUAGCCUUCUCGCUUUUUUAUUGCAAAUGUAGCUUUUUGGUUUAAAGUAGUAUUUCAUAUAACAAUAUAUGUAUGACUAAUAAGCAGUUUUUUAAGAUCUGUUAUGAUUCAUAGGAAAAACAAGUUAAUAUAACUACAGUGUUAAAUUUCAGUACGAGUGUUAUUUACUCAAGUAUAUGGUCGCUUUUUUAGCCAUAUUGUUACAGGUGUAGCUAAGCGUAUUUAGUAGUAUUUCCUAUAUCUUAUAUAAGCAACUUUAAAAGAUUUUUAUGAUAAUAGCAGACAAUCUUGUAGUCAUAUACUGCUUUAAGAUUGCACGAAUUAUCACAAGUGGACGGCCAGUGCAUUGGUCUCUUGGCAAAUUCACUUUGAAGAGGGACAACCCACUGUUAAAAACUGUUCUGAUUCAGUGCACGUCAGCUGGCCGGAGUGAAACAAAGGAAAGACAAUUGCCUCUUCAUCUCACAGAACAGACGAGAAGAAUGAACACCAGCGAAUGCAAAACUGCGGAGUGCUAACCUUGAUAUGCAAGUGGCACAUUUCAAGACAUCUUCUGUCCAAAGGUUGCCAGUACCAGACAGCCACACUCAGGAUUUGUUUCCAACUACCAAGUCUUCAAACACUCUAAAAACACGAACAUGAAUUAGAAAAGGACAGAAAGGAACUUUGUAAGAGAACUUUAAUGUGAAAUUGAGAUGAACUGAGGACUUCUGUUUGCGUGAAGUUUUAUUCAUUAGGGUGACAGAUAAGUAGUAUUCGACUAGCUUUUACCGCGUAUAUCGUUUAUCUUGUAUGUCAUUGGGCGGUUUAUAUAUUUUUUUAUUCAUUUUCAAUAAGUUUAGGAACUGUCAAUGCCUUCCAUAAGUUGAUCGACAGCAGUAUUCACGCGCUAAGCCGAAACGGAGCAUGCUUACAAAAUGAUGAAAGCACAGCAAUAGGAUUGACCAGUUCAUUAAUUAAUAAACUUUAAUAACGUAGCAACUGCAAAUGGCUGAAAAAAGACCAUAUUCUCUGACUGAAGACGACAAACUGACAGGGAAAUAACAUCUCAUCCACGACAACUUACAAAGAUGAGGUCGUCGACCAAUGCUUGAAGGUCUUUGCCAAAAAACCCGCUGCCUUCUCUUAAGAUUUUUUUUGUUCAGUUUUGCUUGAUAGAGCACGAAAAGUAAAUAACAAAUUUCUUUGUGAAGGUGUUAAGACCUUAAGGUUGUGUUUGUAAGUGCGUCAGUCUACAUAGUCUUCUUGCUUUGCUGUUGCUAUGUUACAAUGAUCAAUGAUCAAAUAACUGUUAAUGUGGACAGUUUCCUGGUAAUGUUCAUUCCAGGAUAUUUUCUGGUUGAUUUUUGUCUAUUACCAACAAAAAGUGUGGUGAAACUGUUCAGGAAUUCUUGCCGAGCGUUCUUAUAAUGACAUUAUUAUAAGUCUUUAACUGAGACAUGUCCACUAAAAAGUAGGUUAACACAGUUAGGUUAAAUCAGUCGUAAUUAUGCAUGAUGGACGUCACAGGAAGUUAAAGUAAUUUUUUUAAAAGUAGUUUUAUUAAUAGUUUGUAAUUAAGCUUGGCGGAAUAAUAUAAAUAAAAGGCUUGUAAUCAUGUAAAAGA